ACCACGCCCGACAGCGAGCGGCCGGCGCAGGCCCUGCUGAGGGACUACGAUACAGCUGCUGGGCUACUGAUACGCAGCAUUCACCUGGUAACCCAAAGGCUCAACUCCCAGUGGAGGCAGGACAUGAGCAUCUCUCUGGCUGCACUGGAGCUUCUGUCUGGACUAGCAAAGGUGAGGGUGGCGGCCGACUGCUCGGAGCGGAGGAGAGCCAUCAGCUCAGUGUGCAGCUACAUCGUGUUCCAGUGCAGCCGCCCGGCCCCGCUGCACUCCCGCGACCUGCACUCCAUGAUCGUGGCGGCCUUCCAGUGCCUCUGCGUCUGGCUCACCGAGCACCCCGGCAUGCUGGACGAGAAGGAUUGUUUAAAAGAGGUACUGGAGAUUGUGGAGCUGGGCAUUUCAGGAAGUAAAUCCAAAAACAGUGAACAAGAGGUCAAGUACAAAGGAGAUAAGGAGCCAAACCCCGCAUCCAUGAGGGUGAAGGAUGCUGCUGAAGCUACACUAACGUGUAUUAUGCAGUUACUUGGAGCAUUUCCUUCUCCCAGUGGCCCUGCCUCUCCUUGCAGCUUGGUGAAUGAAGCCACGUUGAUUAAAUACUCUCGCCUGCCCACCAUCAACAAGCACAGCUUCCGGUACUUCGUCCUGGACAACAGCGUCCUCCUGGCCAUGCUGGAGCAGCCUCUGGGCAAUGAGCAGACCUGGUACUUCCCUGCUGUGGAGAUUUUGAUCCGUGGGACUUCUGGAAGAUUUGCAUGGGCCCAGCAACUCUGUCUCUUACCAAGAGGAGCUAAAGCAAACCAAAAGAGUUUUGUACCAGAGCCUCGACCAGCUCCUAAAAACGAUGUUGGCUUGAAAUACAGUGUGAAGCAUCGCCCUUUUCCUGAGGAGGUGGACAAGAUCCCAUUUGUGAAGGCUGACUUGAGCAUUCCUGAUUUACAUGAAAUUGUGAAUGAGGAGCUGGAAGAGCGCCACGAGAAGCUGAGGAAUGGCAUGGCUCAGCAGAUCAUUUUUGAGACCUCCAUAGACCAGAAGAGCGAAGAGGAGUGGCGGAAGAAGAGCUUUCCUGAUCCUGUCACGGAGUGUAAGCCCCCCCCACCAGCACAGGAGUUCCAGACAGCACGCCUCUUCCUCUCUCACUUCGGCUUUCUCUCCCUAGAGGCACUGAAGGAACCUGCUAACAGUCGUCUACCUCCUCACCUGAUUGCACUUGACUCUGCUCUUCCUGGGUUUUUUGAUGACCUUGGCUACUUGGAUUUACUACCCUGUCGUCCUUUUGAUACUGUGUUCAUUUUCUACAUGAAGGCAGGCCAGAAAACAAGCCAGGAGAUCCUGAAGAACAUGGAGUCUUCCAGAAUUGUUCAGCCACACUUCCUGGAGUUCUUGCUGUCUCUUGGCUGGUCUGUUGAUGUGGGGAAGCACCCUGGGUGGACUGGGCAUGUCUCAACAAGCUGGUCAAUCAAUAGCUGCAGUGAUGAAGAGGUACCUGAGCAAGAUGAUCUAGUUAUUUCAGAAGAUGUUGGGGCAAGUAUCUUCAACGGGCAGAAGAAGGUGCUGUAUUACGCAGAUGCCCUGACAGAAAUCGCUUUCGUUGUCCCGUCAGCAGUGGAGUCCCUAACUGAUUCACUGGAAAGCAAUGUCUCCGACCAAGAAAGUGACUCCAACAUGGAUCUGCUGCCAGGAAUAUUGAAGCAGCAGUCUCUGACACUUGAACUCUUCCCCAAUCAUACAGACAAUCUUAAUCCCUCCCAGCGGCUCAGUCCUACUUCCAGAUCCAAGAGGGUGCCUCAGGGCCGGACCAUUCCACCAAUGGGACCUGAAACCAAAGUGUACGUGGUCUGGGUGGAGCGUUACGAUGACAUAGAAAACUUUCCCCUCCCUGAUCUGGUGUCUGAGACGAGCACUGGUGUGGAAACCACAGCCAAUAGUAGUGCUUCCCUAAGAUCUGCAACUCCUGAGAAGGAAGUUCCUGUGAUCUUCAUCCAUCCUUUAAACACUGGCUUAUUCAGGAUAAAACUGCAAGGAGCAACUGGGAAAUUCAAUAUGGUUAUCCCUUUGGUGGAUGGAAUGAUAGUCAGUAGGAGAGCUCUUGGUUUUUUGGUGAGGCAGACGGUGAUCAACAUCUGCCGCCGGAAGCGGCUGGAGAGCGACUCGUACAGCCCGCCCCACGUGCGCCGGAAACAGAAGAUCUCCGACAUCGUCCACAAGUACCGCAGCAGGCAGCUGGAGCCCCACUUCUACACCUCCCUCUUCCAGGAGGCUGGGCUCAAGAACUGCAACCCCUAGGUCACUGUCCUUCCAGGACAAUUAGAUCAGCGCUUGGUGGCUACAGUGGUGAGAACAGUUAAACAACAACGAGUUUCCUCAGCCCCCUGGAAUUCAGGAAGCCGUAUUCUAGCACGAGUCAGCAGAUAGCAUGUGGGAGGAAUGAGAAAUGAAUCCAAGAUGUUGCAGUUGGGAUAUUGACUUAAUUCAUCUACCCUCAAAAGCUUACUUAAUUCCAGUCUGCCUGGAUGCUAGCAACAUAAUCUCUUCACCCA